AUGAAUGUGACGGCGAGUAAUGUAUCUAAUCAUCCACUGCAAGAAUCAGACUCUGAUGAAGAUAAUGGUGUAAAUAACGAGAAAGCUAGUUUAUUGGAAACAUCUGCUUCUGCUCGUUCUUCUGACUGGCGUCGGGGACUAGACCACUGUGGAACUGCACCUGUUGGUCUCUAUGGAGAUCUGUUAAUCGACGACCAUGAAAUUAAGUACUCUCGAUCCUUGACAGAGAAAGAGUCUCCUCCGUAUCAUAAUCUAAAACUAGAUAGAUUAUCGGAGCGUGAAAAGCAAAAACUCCUUGUUGAGCUAGUCAGGAUACAAAAUGACGGUACAGUGGAAGUUGAUAUAGAUAAUGGUACCCCAGUUUCGGAGUUAUUGGAGUUUCAGCAGACCAGAGGGCAGUCUACUACAAUCACAUAUGAAAAGUCCUUUGCGGAUUCCUUCAGAUCCAUUCCAAGGUUAAAAAUUGCUAUACUUGUGGUUGGAACUCGAGGUGAUGUGCAGCCUUUUUUGGCCAUGGCAAAGCGGCUCCAGGAGUUUGGUCAUCAUGUUAGAUUGGCAACUCAUGCAAAUUUCUGCUCAUUUGUACGGUCUGCUGGAGUAGAGUUCUAUCCCUUGGGUGGUGAUCCCCGAGAACUAGCUGCAUAUAUGGCUAGAAAUAAAGGUCUCAUUCCUUCUGGGCCUGGAGAAAUAUCAAAACAAAGAAAACAGUUGAAGGCUAUCAUAGAGUCACUUCUUCCAGCAUGCACAGAGCCUGAUAUGGAAACUCAUGCCUUUUUCAGAGCUCAAGCAAUAAUUGCAAAUCCUCCUGCAUAUGGACAUGUGCAUGUUGCUGAAGCUCUUGGAGUACCAAUUCACAUUUUUUUCACAAUGCCUUGGACGCCAACCCAUGAAUUUCCCCACCCUUUAGCGCGUGUUCCUCAAAGUGCUGCGUAUUGGCUAUCAUAUAUAGUUGUUGAUCUGAUGGUCUGGUGGAGCAUAAGGACAUAUAUAAAUGAUUUUAGGAAAAGGAAGUUGAACCUUGCACCUAUCGCAUAUUUCAGCACAUACCAUGGCUCAAUUUCGCACUUGCCUACUGGUUACAUGUGGAGUCCCCAUGUUGUGCCAAAACCAAGUGACUGGGGUCCUUUAGUUGAUGUUGUUGGGUAUUGUUUCCUGAACCUUGGAUCAAAGUAUCAACCUUGCGAAGAGUUUAUCCAAUGGAUAGAAAGAGGAACACCACCCAUAUAUAUUGGUUUUGGAAGCAUGCCUCUUGAUGAUCCGAAACAAACAAUGAACAUUAUACUGGAAACACUAAGAGAUACAGAACAAAGAGGGAUAGUGGAUCGAGGUUGGGCUGGCCUCGGAAAUCUGGCUGAAGUUCCUGAAAACGUAUUCCUCCUGGAGGACUGUCCUCACGAUUGGUUGUUUCCUCAAUGUUCAGCAGUGAUUCAUCACGGUGGUGCUGGAACAACAGCAACUGGACUAAGAGCCGGGUGUCCAACAACGAUUGUGCCAUUCUUUGGGGAUCAGUUCUUCUGGGGUGACAGGAUCUAUGAGAAAGGACUUGGGCCUGCACCAAUACCGAUAGCUCAACUCAAUGUUGAGAACCUCAGUAAUGCCAUAGGAUUCAUGCUUCAACCAGAGGUGAAAUCACGAGUGAUGGAACUAGCGAAAGUACUGGAGAACGAGGAUGGUGUAGCUGCAGCAGUUGAUGCAUUCCACAGGCAUUUGCCACCAGAGCUGCCAUUGCCUGGGUCACUGCCUGAGAAAAAGGAUGAUGACAAUCGACCAGACCUGUUACAGUGGUUCUUCAUCCAGAUUGGCAAAAAGUGUUGCCUUCCAUGUGGUGGCGUGUGA